GGGCGACCCGGGAUAUUUGGAAGGAUAAAGGGCGAUGACCACACCGGCAGGUUCGGGCGCAGGCUUUGGCUCCGUGUCCUGGUGGGGCCUGUCCCCGGCUCUGGACCUGCAGGCAGACAGUCCUCCCGUGGACCCAGACUCGCAGGCCAACACAGAGCACGAGACCCCUGAGCUAGAUAUGCUGCUACUGGGAUCCGUGGAUGGGCGGCACCUGCUGCGGACCCUGGCCCGGGCGGCGCUCUGGCCUGGCAGGAGGUUCCACUUCUAUGUGCUGGAGAAUAAUCUGGAAGCUGUGGCCCGACACAUGCUGAUCUUCAGCCUAGCCCUGGAGGAUCCUGAGAAGAUGGGGCUGCAAGAGAGGAGCGAGACUUUCCUGGAGGUGUGGGGGAACGCGCUGCUGCGCCCCCCAGUGGCCGCCUUCGUGCGCGCCCAGGCCGACCGCCUGGCGCAUCUGGUCCCGGAGCCCGACAGUCUGGCGGAGCAGCUGCCCUGGCUCAGCCUGGGCGCCCUCAAGUUCCGCGAGCGCGACGCGCUGGAGGCCAUAUUCCGCUUCUGGGCCGGCGGGGAGAAGGGGCCCGAGGCCUUCCCCAUGAGCUGCCUUUGGGACUCCAGGCUGCGUCACUACCUGGGCUCCCGCUACGACGCCCGGCGCGGUGUCAGCGACUGGGACCUGCACAUGAAGCUGCACGACCGCGGGGCCCGAGUCAUCCACACUCUGGAGUUCCGGCGCUGGAGGGACACAGGCGUGGCCUUUGAACUCAGAGACUCCAGCGCCUACCACGUGCCCAACAGGACCCUGGCGUCCGGUCGCCUCCUGAGCCACCGCGGGGAGCGUGUAGCAGCGCGCGGGUACUGGGGGGACAUCGCCACGGGGCCCUUUGUGGCCUUCGGCAUCGAAACCGACGACGAGAGCCUCCUGCGGACCAGCAACGGACAGCCGGUCAAGACCGCGGGCGAGAUCACGCAGCACAACGUGACGGAGCUGCUCCGCGAGGUGGCCGCCUGGGGGCGCCCGAGAGCCGCCCGGGGAGACCCCGAGGAGGCGGGAUGUGACGGAGGGGGAACCCGGGAGCCUGCAGCUCCUGCCCUGGAAUCCUUCACUCUCCACUUCCUGCCCCUCGGUUCUGCCCAGACCCUCCACCAUAAGAGCUGCUACAAGGGACGGUUCCAGCUUCUCUACGUGUCCUGUGGGAUGGUCCAUUUUCUCAGCCCUGAGCUUGGGGCCUGCGUGGCCCCCGGAGGACGCUUGAUUGUGGAAUUAGCCCGGUACCUGGUGGACCUGCGGCAGGAGCAGUUGCAGGCGUUCUCCGCCAGGGUCGAGGAGCUAGCCCAGGAGGCCGGAUUCGCCCCACAGCCCCAAGCCAGGCCGUCCGAGACCUUUUCGCACUUCUACAAGUACGGGGGCUCUGCUCCCGGCUGCAUUGACCCAGCUGUGGAACCCGGGACUCCGCCCCCAGAAGUCCUGGCCCCGCCCCUUGAGAUAAUGCCACCGCCCUCUGAGGGCCUGACCCAGCCCCCUGAAGGCCAGACCCCACCCUCUGAACCCCUUUAGGUGCCCUCAGAGUCUCAAGCUUCACUCUCGCAGGUUCUGACUCUGCCCACAGGGAGUCAGACCCCCCAAACCAGAGAGUCUGACAUGACCCCCAGAGACCAAGUCCACCGUCUCUGACUUCUAAAGUCAGGUCCUGGAAUUAGAACCUGCCUCUAGAAUACUCGAUUAUACUCAACAUUCUCACUCAGCCCCAGAAGUGUUGCUAGAAUUUCAGAUUCCAUUCCUGGGAUUCCAUAUUCUAUUCCUGGAAUUCUAGAUUGUUCUCUCAGAGUUCUGCAUUCCACUCCUGGGACUCUAAACGCAGCCUAGAGAUCUGGCCCAGGAUGUCAGGCCCUCUGCGUGGGUCCCCUUGUCCCCAGGAGUCCCAUUCCUAACUGGGGGCUGGGGGAGUCUCCUCUCCUGGGGCUGGUCAGCGCCCACGAGGUCUAAGUAAAGAGAGCCAGGUUCUCUUCUCCGUGUAUCCGUGUCUUUCCUGUCCUCAGUCUGUCUCCAGGGCUGGGAGAGGGGAGGGGCGGGAGUGGUUAAGAGAGGAGAACUGAGAGCAGAUUUCUGGUUUCCAAGUGGACUGGGGUGGAUUUCCCGGUGCUGGUGCCAGAAAGCCUGGGCACCUAGAUCCUCAAAUAAAUCAACAAAUUUAUGAGUGGCUAACAGGUUUGGGGCACUGAAACUGACCAUAAGAUGAUGAAAAAGACAAAGUACCAGCCCUCAUGAAGAUGGCAAUUUAGUGAGGGGAUGAAGAUUUGAGG